UCCCCCCCGCGGGACGUUCCAUUGCGCGCGGCUGCCGGGGCAAGGGAGAAGAGGCCUGGCUACGGCGGGUGCGGCUUGCCACGGCGACGGGAUUCGCUGGAGUAGCGAGCGAAGAGACCUGGGCACCGACCUCCUGGGACCGGCCGCCGCCGCGCCGAGGCUUGCUGCCCGCUUCCGGCCGCAGGGCGGGCGGCGCGGUGCCCCUCCGCUGGGCUGUGGUUGGAGCCGUGGCGACUGCGCGCUGUGUAGCUUCCUGCCACACGCCCGGAGUUGGCUUCACAGUCGCCGGACGGGAACCUCGGAUCAGACUGCUGGCACUGUGUGCCGGGCACCGCAGCGGGAGUCCUGAUGGUGGACUCGAUGGUGAGGGAACUGAGCCGCACAGGGGAUGCGGUGAUGGAGGGAAAGGAGCGUGUACCCGAACCGCCCCGAGGUUAGGAGUGAGGCCAGCGGAGUAAGCGACCCUCAAGAGGGGGGCAUCCUCUAGACCCAGGGCUGCGGACCUGGGAGGAAGAACUGGCGUGGAAGACGACCUGGUCCAGCUUCCAGCACUCCCAUGUGGCUCACAACCAUCUAUAACUCCAGUUCCAGGAGAUGCGGUGCCCUCUUCUGAUCUCUGUUAGCAUCAGCGCCCCAUCUUUGCUGGACCUGUUGAACUCUUGGGUUGUAAUGCCACAUCUUUCCUGGACCUGAUGAACUCUUGGGUUGUGGCGCCCCAUCUUUCCUGGACCUGAUGAACUCUUGGGUUGUGGCGCCCCAUCUUUCCUGGACCUGAACCUUUGUUUCCCACCAUGUUCACUCUACCUUGCUGCCAGCUAGUAGUCGUAUGCUCUGCCGGGGCUCUUUAUUACACCUACAGACAGUAAGACCCUGUGAGUGUGAUGGCUCUCACUGGAGACAGUUUGGGGAUCUGCACAAGUUCAAGAUCAGCCUCAUCUACAUAAGAGCAAAGACAAUGCUGACAGGAAUAACAAGGCUUUUCUCCAGGGUCCAGAAGUUGGACCUGAGGUGUUUUUUACACGUGAGUGCCCAAGCACCUCAGAGCAAUCCAGUUCCAGCUGAGCGUCCCAGAACUGUUUCCCGCACCAGUGACAGUGACCCGGCUAAGCAUGGGGAGCAACAUGAGGGCCAGUACUAUAGCAUCCCCCUCCAGGAUCUGAAGACAGUAUUUCCUCAUGGCCUGCCUCCUAGGUACAUGAUGCAGGUGAAGACUUUCGGCGAAGCUUGUCUGAUGGUAAGGAAGCCAGCUCUAGAGCUUCUGGGCUACCUGAAAAAUACCAAGUUCACUCACCCCGCUGUGCGGUAUCUUCUCUAUGGGGAGAAGGGAACAGGAAAAACUCUCAGCCUUUGCCAUGCUGUGCAUUUCUGUGCAAAACAUGACUGGCUGGUUCUGCAUAUCCCGGAUGCUCAUCUUUGGGUGAAGAACUGCCGGGAGCUUCUGCAGUCCACCUACAACAGCGAGCGCUUCGAUCAGCCCCUAGAGGCGUCCACCUGGCUGAAGAACUUCAAAACCACCAAUAAGCGCUUCCUGAGCCAGAUAAAAGUUCAGGGGAAGUACGUUUGGAACAAGAGAGAAAGCACUGAGAAGGGCAGUCCUCUGGGAGAAGUUGUUGAACAGGGCAUAACACGCGUGAGGAAUGCCACAGACGCCGUCGGGAUUGUGCUGAAGGAGCUUAGGAGCCAGAGUUCCGAAGGACACUUCCGCCUCCUGGUAGCAGUGGAUGGGGUCAAUGCCCUCUGGGGAAGGACCACACUGAAAAGAGAAGAUAGGACCCUGAUUGCCCCGGAGGAACUAUCCCUUGUCCACAGCCUAAGGAAAAUGGUGAAAAAUGAUUGGCAUGGAGGUGCAAUUGUGCUGAGUUUGAGCCAAACUGGGUCGCUCUUUAAGUCCCGAGCCGCAUAUUUGCCGCACGAGCUUCUGGGAAAGGAAGGAUUUGAUGCCUUAGAUCCUUUUCUUCCCAUCCUCAUUUCCAACUACAAUCCAAAGGAAUUUGAAAGUUCUUUCCAGUAUUAUCUAGAAAAUAAUUGGCUUCAGCAUGAGAAAGCUCCGACGGAAGAAGGGAGGAAGGAGCUGAAGUUCCUGAGUAACUGCAACCCCGGGCAGCUGGAGCGGCUCUGUGCUGCCCUGUGAGCACCAGCGCCUAGCGCAAGCGGGGCGGCCUGGCUGCAGUACCCACGUCCCGCUGUCCCUCUGCUGAGCCCCGCAUUAAAGGCAGCUGUG